UCCAAUGGCAGAGACGGAGAGCUCGCCGAGAACCCAGCCCAAGCCAUUAGAUCAAGAAGCGCAACCGAAGGGAGACACUAAGCAAGGAGGAUGGAUCACUCUCCCUUUCAUAGCAGGGAGCAUGCUUGGGCUGGGGCUGGCCAUCAACGGGACCAGCAGCAACCUGCAGAUUUACCUCAUCAAGGAGUACAGCGUCGAGAGCAUCGACGCGGCGCAGAUCGCCAACAUCGUCCGUGGCUCGCUCAACUUCCUCCCCCUCGCCGGAGCCAUCCUCUCCGACUCCUACUUCGGCUACUUCCCCGUCAUCCUCGCCGGCGGAGCCAUCAACGUUCUGGCCUUCGUGCUGUUCACGCUCUCCGCGGCGCUGCCUUCCCUGCGGCCGCCGCCCUGUCCAACGCCAUCCACCGCCGCUUGCAAGCACGGGACGCCCGGGCAGCUCGCCGUGCUUUACGCGGCCGUGUUACUCCUAGCCAUCGGCACCGGCGGGACGCGCUUCAACGUGGCGACGAUGGGCGCGGACCAGUUCAGCAGCUCGCGCGACCAGGACACCUUCUUCAACUGGUACUUCGUGUUCCUCUACACAUCCUUCCUGAUCGGCGACACGGCCAUCGUCUACCUCCAGGACGGGGUAUCCUGGGCUGUGGGGUUCGGUGUCUGCCUCGCCGCCACCGGCUUCAGCUUGGCCUUGCUUCUCGCUGGCGCGCGGUACUAUCGGAAGCCCGCGCCGAAGGGCAGCCCGUACGCGGAGCUUGCCCGCGUUGUCGUGGCUGCCGUGCGCAAGGGCCGUGCCGACGUUGGCAGCGCACGGUACUACGUCGGAGACGAUGGCUCCGUCGCGGACUCGGUCGGCGAGGGUGCUCCAAGCAAAAGACUAAGAUUUCUUAAUCGUGCCGCCAUGAUCACCGCAAGCGACAACUCCGUGGAGACAUCCGGUGGCCUCCGUACCAGCAACUGGCGGCUGUGCACGGUGCAGCAGGUCGAGGACCUCAAGUCCCUGCUCGGCGUCCUCCCGGUGUGGUCAGCCGGCAUAACGCUAAGCGUGUCGAUCGGCGUGAUGAUCGGCAUGAUCGUCCUGCAGGCUCUCGCCAUGGACCGCUCCAUCGGCGACCACUUCAAGAUUCCGGCGGGGUCCAUCACCGUCUGCACGCUCGUGGCAUUCAUCGCGGUCACCCCGGUCCUGGACCGUGUCGUCUUCCCGCUUUGGCGUCGGAUCGCCGGCACGCCGCCCUCGGCGCUGCAGCGCGUGGGCCUCGGCCACGUGGUGAACAUCGUGGGCAUGCUGGUCGCGGCGCUGGUGGAACGCCGGAGGCUGAGCAUCGUGCACGAGCUCCAUGGCGCCGAGGAGGCCGCUGGGUGGGUCACCCCCAUGUCCGUGUUGUGGCUGGUACUCCCUCUUGCCGUCGUGGGCGUCGGGGAGGCCCUCCACUUCCCAGGAAACAUGGCCUUCUACUACCUGGAAUUCCCCAAGUCGUUGAGGAGCUUGGCAACGGCAAUGGCGCCGCUGCUCAUCGCCAUGGGGUUCUACCUCGGCACGGUGUACGUCGACGUCGUGAGGCGAGUCACGCCGUGGCUGCCCGGGAACAUAAACCAGGGGAGGCUGGACAACGUGUACUGGACCUUGGCUGUUGUGGUGACUAUCAACUUUGGCUAUUUCCUAGUUUGUGCCAGACGAUACAAGUACCAGGACCAGUCAAGUAGAAUUACAAUGUAGAUAUAGAUUGGUAAAGCUCCGUCUUGUUUUCUUUGUUGAUCUUGAGGAAGGCUUUUGUCUUGUUAAUUCUCGGUCGAG